AUGGGCUUUGAAGAAGAAGCUCAAAGAGAUUCUGGGUUAGGGUUCGAAAUCAGAAAAUCAUCGGGGAAGCGCGAAAUCAUGUCGGCGGCUACUCCGGCGAGAAGCAUCAUGUUUGCUGAAGAUGAAUUAUUGACGACAAGACACGAAAUCCUGGUGGAAAACCAUGAGAACCUGAAAAAGGAUUACGCAAGUCUUGCGGAAAGAUUUAAGCUUGUAGAGGAUAUGAAUGAGAAGUUGACGCAGCAUCUUCAGAAUCGAAACCAAUCUAAGGAACUCGAGGAGAAAAAUCUAGGCCUGCUUAAGGAUAUUGAGAGCGAGAGAAGCGAGAAGGACAAGUAUAAGAAGAUGGUUGAGGAGAUGAUGAGAGUGGAGAGUGACAGGAAGGCCAUGGUCGAUGAUUUGAGGACCAAGAACGAUGAGCUCUUGAUUGUGAUAGAGAAAAAAAAGGAGGAGCAGACGAAGAUGGAUGAUAAGUAUAAUGAAUUGGCAGAGAGAUUUGGCGAGGUUGAAAAGGAGUGUUCAUGCUUGAAAUUGCUCUAUAAUGCUCAGAAUCUCAUCGGCAAAGGAGACAACACUGUGGCAGAUGCGAUUGUGAUCAGUGACGAUAGUGAUGAUGAGAAUGAUAAUUUUCCAAGCGAGAAGAACACAAUCUCUCAAUUGCCUGUUCGUGUAAAACAAGAAGAGUGCUCUGCUGAGUAUGACAAUCCUCCAAGCGAGAAGAAGAACACAAUCUCUCUAUUGCCUGUUGGUAUAAAACAAGAAGAAUGCUGUUCUGAGUAUGACAAUCCUCCAAGAGAGAAGAAGAUAAUCUCUCAAUUGCCUGUUGGUAUAAAACAAGAAGAAUGCAGCAAUGGAGCAAACUCAUCGCAAGUAAAUCAUCCAUCUUUGUCAUCACCAUCGAACACGUUGGCUUUGGACGAUGAUGUGAUUGUGUUGGGUGAGAAUCUUGAUGCGAAGAACAACACUGUGGCAGAUGCUAUUGUGAUUAGUGACGAUAGUGAUGAUGAGAAUGAUAAUCUUCCAACCGAGCAAAGCAUAACCUCUCAAUUGCCUGUUCGAAUAAAACAAGAAGAAUGCAACAAUGGAGCAAACUCAUCGCGAGUAAAUCAUCCAUCAUGGUCAUCAUCAUCAUCAGCAUCAUCAUCAUCAUCAUCAGAUGAUGACUAUCUAGUUAAGUUUCCCUAUAAAAGGCCCCGGAUUGAAGCAGAGAAUGGAGGAUCUCGGAAACGCAUGAAACCAUCUGAUGAAGAAGGAAAAGGGGAUUCUAGAGAAGGGAUGAGCCUGGAUACAAUUGAGAACGAAGAAACUGAGGCAAAACUUGUUGCUUCUGAUGAGAUGGAGCUUAACAUUGCUCAAAUUCUCGACAAGAUUGAGAGCUUCACACAGACUGUUUCUAACUUGCUAGAAUCAGGGAAGACAAUGCUCAAGGAACUCAGUAACCAGUUUGAAGAACGCUUGAUCAUGAUACACAAGGAACAUGUUGAGAAAUGGCAGGAGGAGAUCAAGGAGUUGCGUUUGCUUGAUGCAUCUAACGAGGAGACUGCUUCCCUGCUACACAACGCUCGCUAUCUGAUUCAGAAUCCUAGCAUUGAGCCUUGAGGUAACAAUCUAAGAACUGCUUCCCCAUGAAGUAAAUACACUAUUAGCCAUUACUAAGAACAUAUUAUCUUCUGUCCAAUGGUGUAAGGAGCCGUAUAUAUAUAUUACCUUAGAUCAACAUAUGGUUGAUUGGGGAAUUUAGAUUUGGACAAUUUGAAAACCAUUUGAUGUCUUGAAGGAAACUUUUGAUUAACAAUCUUAUCAUGAACCUUCUUAGAUAAUUUCUACAUAAAAUUUCUUCUUAUGCCAUGCAAAACCAGUAACUCUCCAAUCUCUUUGCAAGUCUUAAAAUGUUGUUUUCAGGUAAUCUUUUGACUCAAUUGCCCUCAAAUUAUCCUGCUUUAAGCAAAUUGUAUACAACCCUUUUUCUUCUGAUCCUAUGACUAGAUUAUGGGAAUCUUCUACUUAUUUAGCUGAGCUAUAAUUUGUUUUCUC